ACUUUUUAUCUUUCAAAUUUUGUUUGCAAGUUGUGGUCAUUUAAUCAUAUCAGUUAAGCACAAUUAACAUUGCACAAUAAAUAAAAGGCGUGCUGUACUUUUUUGGGACCUCUAAUUAAAAUUAAGAAAAGCAGUAACAGUUAUAAUGACUUUGGAACCAAUUAGAUAUAAAAAUAAUCAACUGGAAAUUCUUGAUCAAUUACUUCUUCCAGGGCAAUCCAAAUAUAUAAAAAUAAAUGGGGUUGAAGAUGGAUGGAAUGCUAUACGAAACAUGCAAGUCAGAGGAGCACCUGCUAUAGCAAUAGUGGGAUGUCUUAGUUUAGUAGUUGAGUUAAAUAAACAACAAUUUUCAAAUAAAGAUGAACUGCGAGAUAUAAUUGGGGAUAAAUUGAAAUAUCUGGUCAGUGCUAGGCCAACUGCGGUAAACAUAAAAAUAGCGGCAGAUGAACUGACUAAUUUGGCCGGAAAUCUUUCAAAAAAUGAAUCAAUUUCAGUUGAAGAAAUGAGAAAAAGAUUUAUUGCGGCGAUAGAAAGUAUGCCAGAAAAAGAUCUAAAUGAUAAUAAAAGCAUUGGUGAUCACGGUGCCAAAGCCGUUUUAGAUUUGUAUCCAAAAAAUUCAAAAGUAACUAUGUUAACUCACUGCAAUACAGGAUCACUAGCUACCUACAGCUAUGGUACUGCACUAGGGGUCAUUAGGUCUUUACACGCCCAAGGACGUUUAGAGCAUGCGUACUGCACAGAGACGAGACCUUAUUUACAGGGUGCUCGCUUAACGGCUUAUGAACUGGUUUACGAAAAAAUACCUUCAACUCUUAUUGUUGAUAGUGCUGUUUCAGCUCUGAUGAAAGAAAAGAAAAUUUCUGGGGUAGUAGUAGGCGCAGACAGGGUUGUUGCAAACGGAGAUACUGCAAACAAAAUAGGCACAUACACAAUUGCGGUUGUUGCAAAAUAUCAUAAUGUACCAUUUUUUGUUGCCGCCCCUUUUACCUCAAUUGAUAUGAACAUUAAAAGCGGGCACGAAAUUGUUAUUGAGGAAAGGCCGGAUAAGGAAACAACACAUUUUCAAGGAUUAAGAAUAGCUGCAGAAGGUAUUCCGUGUUGGAAUCCUGCUUUUGAUGUCACUCCUGCAUCCCUUAUCACUGGAAUUAUAACCGAGAGAGGUGUUUUUCGACCAGAUGAAUUAAAAGAUCUGAGAUUGUAAACUAGAUUUAAUAAGUUUUGAUGUUUUAUUUGCUUUUUCUGUAUGUAAAGAAAAGUAUAUUGGAAUUAAAAGCCGUUUCGUACCCUAA